CCUGUAUAAAGAAAACAUACAACACCGCUAACUUCAACAAUAGUUUUCCUUGCAUUUAAUUGAUUUGCUUGUUUUCUUCAAACAACAUGUUUUCAACAAUAGGUUACCUUCAUUUGCAUAAUGGAAUCAUGCAUGCAUCUUAAUGUUAAUUCAUAAAGUAAAUAUUUAAACGCAUCUUAUGUGUUGGUACCAUCAUUCGUCAGUUCGCAAUUUCCUUAUGCUAAAAUUCUUCUAAUAUGAAGUCGUAUAUUCUUCUGUUUACUGCUGCAAUGAUUCUUGUGUGUGAAGGCAGACAGUUAUCAAGAUGCGAGUUGGUUAGAGAACUGAGGAAAUACGGUUUCCCGGAGAAUCAAAUGAAAGACUGGGUAUGUCUAGUGGAAAAUGAGAGUUCGAGACGUACUGACGUCAUCGGAAAACCGAACAGAGAUGGUUCCAGAGACUUCGGCCUGUUCCAGAUCAACGAUAGAUACUGGUGCAGCAACACUAAUGCACCUGGCAAGGACUGCAACGUCACCUGCAAACAAUUGUUAUCUAAUAAUAUACGGGAUUCAGCAGUUUGCGCUCAGAAGAUUUAUAAACGACAUGGCUUCAACUCUUGGUACGGCUGGAUAAACCGCUGCCGUGGCAAACCUUUGCCCGAUAUUACAUCGUGUUAGAACGAAGCAAUAAAUCUAAAAAAAUACACAAGAAAAUAUUGUGGAAAAGGUCGUUUAUUAUCUCCCGUUAUAUUGAAGUAUGCUGUAUAAAUAAAAG